AUGGUUGUCACUGCUUCACCUUUGUUCGACUCAUCUUCUGAAAACAUCGUUCCUUUAGUAGCUUCUAUCGAUGUCGGUACUACCUCUUCUCGUGCCAUCCUGUUCAACAGAUUAGGUCAAGAAGUUGCUAAGCAUCAAAUCGAAUACUCUACUACUGCAUCAAAGGACAAAAAGAAAAACCAAAGCCAACAAAAGAGACCAAGUGUCGUUGGUAGUGUGGACAUGAAGAAGUCUGUCACUGAAGAUCAAAUUUUCUCAGCUGAAGGUAUUGCCAUUAAAGAAAAUGAAUAUUUGAAGAUUGAAGAAUUAACUGACGAUGUAGCCGAACCAACUUUAAGAUUCCCACAACCUGGUUGGGUCGAAUGUAACCCAAUGAACAUUUUGACUUAUGUCGUCGAAUGUUUGGCUACCACUUUUAACACUUUGGACAACUUAAACAAAGAACGUUCAGAAAAUAAUUUACCAUUAUACAAAAUCACCUGUAUGGGUGUAGCAAAUAUGAGAGAAACCACUUUGGUUUGGUCAAAGAAAACUGGUAUGCCAAUUGUAGAUUACGGUAUUGUUUGGAAUGAUACUCGUAACUCUAAGUUGGUUACAGACAAGAAAAACGCUACCCCAGAAGAUGUCCAACAAAGAUUAAAGGAUAAGACUGGUUUGCCAAUUUUCUCUACUUAUUUUUCAUGUUCUAAACUAAGAUGGUUCUUGGAUAACGAACCAACUGUCAUGGAUGCUUAUGAAGCUGGUGAUUUGAUGUUUGGUACUAUUGAUACCUGGAUUCUAUAUAGUGUCACUCACAACAACGCCUUCGUUUCAGAUGUCACUAAUGCCAGUCGUACCGGUUUCAUGAAUUUGGACACUAUUGAUUAUGAUGAAGAAUUAAUCACUUUUUGGAAUAUUGAUCCAAAGAAGAUUCAUUUACCAAAGAUUGUUUCAUCUGCUGAAUACUAUGGUGAUUUCAAUAUUAAUGACUGUUUGUAUGAAAGAUUAUCUGAAAAUGGUAAAACUUACAUUGAAAGACACAGAAAAUGUCACCCAAGUAUUCCAUUACAAGGUUGUCUAGGUGAUCAAAGUGCAUCUUUGGUUGGUCAAAUGGCAUUCAAACCAGGUUCUGCUAAGUGUACUUACGGUACUGGUUGUUUCUUACUAUUCAACACAGGUACUAAGAAGUUGAUCUCAAAACAUGGUGCUUUGACCACAUUCGGUUAUUGGUUCCCAUACUUGAAUGGUGAAGAACAAUCUCAACCACAUUUUGCUUUAGAAGGUUCUAUUGCUGUCGCUGGUGCCGUUGUCCAAUGGUUGAGAGAUAACUUAAGAAUGUUCCCAAGAGCUGAAGAUGUUGGUCCAAUGGCCUCCCAAGUCAAAGAUUCUGGUGGUGUUGUCUUUGUCCCAGCUUUCUCUGGUUUAUUCGCUCCAUACUGGGAUCAAGAUGCUCGUGCUACUAUUAUGGGUAUGUCUCAAUAUACCACUGCUUCUCAUAUUGCCAGAGCUGCUGUCGAAGGUGUUUGUUUCCAAGCUAGAGCUAUUUUGAAGGCUAUGAGUUCUGAUGCUUUUGGUGGUGAUGGUGACAAAGAUUUCUUGGAAGAAGUCUCUGAAGAAGCAUAUGAACAGUCUCCAUUGUCCACUUUGGCUGUUGAUGGUGGUAUGUCUAGAUCUGAUGAAGUUAUGCAAAUUCAAGCUGAUAUUCUAGGUCCAUGUAUUAAGAUCAGAAGAUCCCCAACUCACGAAUGUACUGCCUUGGGUGCUGCUAUUGCUGCCAACAUGGCCUUCAAGGACGAAAAGGACCGUUUGUUGUGGAAAGAUCUAAAAGAUGUUAAGAAGUGGGUCUACUACGGUGGUCAUGAAAAAGGUGAUCAAAUUGGUGCUGAUGAAUUGAACUUGAAGGUCUUCGAAAGUGAAUCUAGUGAUGAAGAAAGAAGAUCUCACUGGAAACUAUGGGAAGCUGCCAUUGAAAGAACCAAGGGUUGGUUAUCUGCUACAGAAGGUUUGUAA